AUGGACGGUGGUGUUUUAAUCAAUUUCUCCGUGACUUUUGAUCUUUUGUCCAAUAAAAACAUAUUGAAUCAAACCGUCCCCAUCUUGAAAAAAUCAAAUCCCAAAAUGUCUGAAAAAGAUAAACGUACUGCUACUGAGGCCCGUGAACUUUUAAAAAGAAGGUUCGACUUUAACGCACCUGGACUCCGUUUUUACGGAACAGUCAUUUCGACUAAACCAGGUGCUAAUGACAAGGUCAUUUGUAAGGUCAGCGAAGAGGAAGAGGAGAUUAGGCCUGUAAAUCAAGAUGACUGGAUUAUGGGUGAGGUUACAAUGGAUACACGUCUGACCUCUGGAAAGGACUAUCAUUCCAAUAAGGCCACAUUUAAUCUUUCGAACAAGUUAACUGUUAGUCCUGCCGAGUACUUUCUUUAUUUUUUGCCUGUGGAGUUUAUCAGUGAUGUUGUGAUUCAUAACAUCAACCAGCAUGCUUUGAGUAUCAUGAAUACUUGGAUCAGUGUUACGUUUGUCGAGUAUUUAACAUGGAUAGCUCUGUUAAUGAACAAGACUUAUAUGGAAUACGACAGGUUUUUUGCUAUUUUGAUAUUCCAUGUAUUUGAAGUACCCAGCGAAGCCCAACAACUUUUGGAUCCACGGUAUCAAAUUCGCCGAUUCUUGGAUGCUUUCAAUAAGACAUUAGCCAAAGCUCUGACUCCUGAAAACCUCACCCCAUCGGCCAAGAAUUCAAGACGCUCGCUGAUCAUGACACUUACUGCAUUGUCGAUACUUGAUACAGUAAGGGAUCCUGUGAAGAAGAAGUAUGACGAUGUAGAUAGAAACUUGAUUGCAACGUUGAAGCGUUUAUGUGAGCCUUGGUUCUUCAACGGUAGACCAAUUAUUGGAGAUUCCUGGUUUGGCUCCCCCGAAAUGACUUGUGUUUUGCUAGACCAUGGAUUGCAUUCAAUUAUGCAGUGUCUCCGUACUGAACGUGGUAGCUAUGUUGCCAUGUCAAAGUCGGAUCACCAUGGUCACCACAUCUUCGCAUAUGCCUUCAAGAAUAACACUUCAAUGACAUCCAACGUACCACGUACGUAUAAAGGAAUCAAUGGACAGAUUGUUACAAUCACCCGUCGCCUAGUGUUUCAUGAUUAUGAAAGUCAUAAGAGCAGUAUCGAUGCGAACAACAAUAGCAGAGACAACAUGAUCUCUUUUUAUGAUAUUAUGAAAACCCUACCGUUGGGAAGUUCGUUUCUUGUCGUUCGUCUUUGGUAUUGCGGAAGCUAA